AUGGAGUUACUCAAGGAUUAUGAUGUUACCAUCCAGUAUCAUUCGAGUAAGGCUAAUAUGUUGGAAAGUGCAUUAAGCCGAAAGACGGUGAGUAUGGGUAGUCCAACUUGCUUGGGUGUGUCCAAGCAACCUUUGAACAAAGAGAUUCAAACCCUGGAGUCUGGGUUCAUACCGUUGGGCAUCUCAGAGAAAGGUGGAGUGUUAGCCAGCAUUGCGGUUAGGCCCACAUUCAUUGAGGAGAUCAAGGCCAAGCAGUUUGAGGAUGUGAGUUUGAAUGAGCUCAGAAAGAAGACAGUUUCUGGCAAGCCACGAGAUGCAGCUCUUGAUGCAGGCCGUGUGCUAUGUUUUAAUAGAAGUAUUUGUGUUCCCCGAGUGGAUGAUUUGAUUCAGAAGAUGUUGACAGAAUCCCAUGGUUCACAGUGUUCCAUUCAUCAGGGUGUAACCAAGUUGUACCGUGAUUUGAAACGAUUUUAUUGGUGGCCUGGCAUGAAGAAACACAUAGCUGAGUUUGUGGCUAAGUGCCAAAACUUUCAGCAGGUAAAGUAUGAGCACCAAAGGUGUACAAGUUUGCUUCAACGAAUGCCAAUAUGGAUUUCAUGGCUGGUCAUCCAAGACCUUGGGGAAGUUUGA